AACUUCAGUUGCGACAGAUCCACCUCAGACAUGAAUCCUGAACUGAAGGAAUGGGUCAAGAAGAACAGUUCCGUGGUGAGGAGCGAGGAGAAUUUCACCAUCUACGAAGUGAAGACCAAGAAGAAACAUGAGGACUUGCAGAACAAGGUCCGCGUGCUGACGGUCGGCCCCGAGAACGACCUCGAGACGAAGACGGUGCUGCUCCUCGGAGAGACCGGGGUCGGGAAGACAACGUUCCUCAACACGUUCCUCAACAUGGUGUUCGGUGUUGGGUUGGAGGACGAGCUCCGCCUCCAAUUCAAGGACCAGAUGGACCAAGCGAAGGACUCGACGCAGAGCCAGACCGAGUACACGACGGCCUUCACCAUUUACCGCCAGGAGGGGAUGCCUCAGCCCUUCAACUACAUGGUGAUCGACACGCCGGGCCUGGGAGACACCGAGGGGGACCAGAAGGACAAGGUCAACGAGAAAUGCCUCAGGUUCUACCUGACCAACGAGGCCUGGAUUAAGCACCUCAACUGCGUGGGACUGGUGUGGAAGGCUUCCAACCAGAAGCUGGAUGGCCGAAACCGAGAAAUUCUGUCCAGUAUCAACAAACUCCUUGGGUUUGACAUCAGAUCUAUGACAGACAUACUCCUUACAUUUUCCACCUUUGAUGAGUCUUCUGCAACGCAGGUCAUUCAUGAAUCUGGCAUUAAAUAUACAGAAGUAUUCCACUUCGACAAUGUACCCAUUUACCAGUGCCCGAAGCAGAAAGAGAAAAAGAAAUUGCAUGCAUUCAUUUGGGAAUCCAUGGUGGAUAAUUUUGACAAGUUCUUCAAUAAACUGAACCAGAGGCAGCCUCAAGAGCUGAAGAUCACAGCACGACUUCUCCUCGCGCAAGCCAAACUGGAGGAUACACAGAUGCGCUUGAAUGCUAUCGACCAGAGUUCCUCGCUCAUGUCAGACCAGCUCCAGAGUCGUCAAGCAAAGAUGAACGAUCUCGAAGUAAUGGCAACCAAGGUGGACUGGGAUAAGAUCCAGGAAUUAGAUACAAGCAGCGAAGAGAUUGUGUUAGACGACGGACGGCAUUGCCACUAUUGUAAACAGUGCCGGAAGAUGUGUAUCCCAUCGUGCACAGACGACCAUGGAACUGCAAUGUGUAGCUCUGAUAUGCAGUGUUCACCAAUGGAGACAGACGAAGAGCAGCCGGAUUAUGGUGACAUGGUACUUGAUACAGCAGAUACGAUAAGGACGCAAUCGCAAGCACUAGCUGUUACUGGGCAAGGCCUGAUUUCGUCGAUAGCAGCAGUGAUGUCCGAGAUCGCAUCGGCAGUGGUGCAAAUUGGCAGGUUGAUCUUGGGCGCUAUCAAGUCCGUAAGGUCUGAGGGCAAGACGCAAACCUUGCAUUCGAACGAGGGAAGUCAGCGAUGCCCCGUGUGCCAGCAUAUGGUGUUAAAGCACGAAAUCAGAAACAAGAUCUUGGCCAAGGACGCCAACUUCGAGCAGAAGAUGGAGCUGUUGAAGAAAAAGAAGUUCAUGGAGGUGACUGGUGAGAAGAACUUCCUGCAGUCGGAGAUCGAUGCGGUUCAGGAACAGCUUAGCGAAUUUGAACGAAGGAGAGAAGAUGAACUGAGAGUCCUGCAGGAGAAGCAGAAGGAGGUUGAGAAGCUGCAGACUGGGCAGUAGAGGAAGCACUCUCUCCAAACAGCAGCAUAUGUGGCUACUAUAUAAUCUAGAGAGAUUUAUACUACUGAUAUUUUUUUAAGAUAAAUUACCUGUCUUUUAUUAUUAUGCUUUAUGUAGGACAGAAUCCAGUAAAACGUGGAUAUUAUACACUGUUAGAUACACAGUUCAGUCUCAGAGGAGAUUUAUACUAAAUAAAUACAAAAUAAUUA